GGAUGAAGUGCGCAGGCGCGAGUGGCGCCUCCGCAUGGCGUUGUUUUUGUUUACACUCCAUUGACAGCCAAUUUUGCUCUAUUUAAUUUUAAAAUUUUGGCCUUUAGAAAGGCUUCUUUGAACGCACAAAAAUGGGCAAAGGCAAGAGAGUGGUUUCCAAGGAAGACUCCGAGGUGGACUAUCCCUCGGGCGAGCUGAAAGCACGCAAGAAGGGCAGCAAAUUAACUAAUGGGGGCGGAAAAAAGCAGGAGGAGGCCGCUAGUGCCGCCUCCAAGAAGGCGGCGGCUAAGAAGCGCACACGGAAGCCCAGCAGUCAGAUGAAGAAUAUCUGGGUGGCCAGUUUUGUGUCCUUUGUGACGGCCGCCAUCGUGGCCGCCCUCGUCGUCUACAACUGGUCCUUCCACGACAGCUUUGACCUGACCAAGUUCUGGACAGACAACGAGGAAAGGAUCUACAACCUGGUCGAGCAUGUGACCACCCUCUUUGCUCAGCAGCUGGGUGGGGGAGAUGCAGCUGCCAACGCCACCACAGACCCUGUCAUCGAGACCAUGACACCACCCCCAACCACUGCCUGAGGCGCUCAAAGCGUGCAGACUUAACGAGACUUUUGUGCCACCUAAUUUUUUUAAUUUAUUUAUUUCUAGUACCAGUGUUUUGGUUGCGUGCCGAAAUCUAUUACUGAUCUAUUCAUACUAUCAUAUAAAAUGUAUAUAAUUACAUUUUAGACAGCACUCUGCAAUAAAAGCAUAAGUAUGUUUAGAACUAUAAAACUUUGAGAAAUGUGCAUUUAAAAGUUUUGAAGAUUAUAUUUAAAUUUACCUAACAGAAGCAUUUGUAAACAAUUUUCUCCGUGUAUUUGACGCUUUUGGUCUAUGUGCAAAUAUAAUUGAUUAUUUCAUCCAGAUUUCAUCUAAUAAAUCCUCUGAUGAAUGAUA